AUGGUCCCGACGAAGGCUGGAUCAGCAUCACUCUCAACCACAAGGUUCUGGCGGAGCACUGCUCUCUGGACGAUCCUUGGCAUAAGAAAAAAAAUGUGCAGUAACACCCGGCACGUAAAGUCGGCAUUCUGCGAAGCUGAUGACGUGGAACUGUUUCAUGCGCUGUGGUCCGAGCUAGACGUUUCAGGCAAGUACAAGCCGCCUGGCGGUGGCUCGGCGCUGGCUGCAUCUGCUUUCAUCCUUCGAACAUUGAUUGCCACCUUGAACGUGGAGAUGGUCAUGUGGUGGGCCAACGUGUAUGAGGAUGGCUCCAGUGGUUGCGAUUUUCAUCGCGACUGUCACUUCAGGCACAACGUGAACGUGACAGUUAGUGCAUCGUUCGGUGCCGCCAGAGAGCUGGUGUUUCGAAAUGAGGAGCUAGACACUGAGAUGCCCUACCUCCAGUCUAAUGGCGACAUCAUGGCGUUCAAUGCCUGGGUGGAUGAACACUUUUUGCACCGAGUUUACCCUCAGAAGGAAGCCAGCGGCCCUCGAAUUUCCAUCAUCCUCAUGGGACGAACCAGCAUCUUCGAAGAUCAGAUGGGCACGCUCGCUCUCAAGCGCCACCACGACCUCCUCCAGCAAAGCUGCCGACGCAUUGUCAGCGACGCCCUUCCUGCGGUGCUGCAACGUGAGGCAAAGCUGUGGCAGAGGAAAGAGCAUCUUGAAGCACAGCUAGCAGAGAAACGAGAAGCCACCGGUCGAGAUCCACUUACUCCGUACGCAAGCAUGUGCUCCAGAGAUGUGAUCAAGCUGGAGAAGGAGUUGGAACACCUUUCCGUGAAUCUGCAGGCGCUUCAUCACCUGGUUGGGCGGGCAUCCGUGGAUUCUGCAGAUGUGGGGGAACAUGAGCAGAAGCUACAAGCACUGGCCCACGCAGAGUCAGAGAGCUAUGCCUGCUGGAUGAAGCAGCAGAGAGCGAAGACUCGUUCCAUGCACUUCACCACAAGGCUGGCUGAGCUGUCUGCUGACUUGGAGGAUCUCUGGCAACAGUCAGAAGACGCUGUGGAAGCGCGCGAGAAAUUUCGAGGUGACUGGAAAGAAGCUGUCCAGCUUGCCACUGUGGAGAGGGGCCAGGUAGAAGAGGUUCAUACACAGAUGAAGGGGCUUCGAGUACAUGCAGCCACGGCCGAAGUCAGAGCUGCGGAGCUCUGCCUGGAGGCGGUGGACUCGGAGGUGGCGUCCAGCGAGCUCUGGCAGUCGCUCGCUAAAGUUGAAGGCCAGGAUCACCGAAGAGAUGCUCUCACUGUCGACCUGCAGCACGCACAAGCGGAGCAAGAGGAACUGCGAGCACAUAUUUUUUCGCAAGAGCAAUAUGAUGGUGAAUUGCUGGCAGCGCUGGCUGAGUCAGAAGCGCAGCGUGCGGCAGUGACAGAAUCACUGCAGCUGGACGCUGUGCACUGGCAGGAAAUUCGAAGCAGCAUUCAGGAGACUCGGAAUGCGGCAGCACAGCUGUACUCCGAACUGACUCGGCAUGCAGAUGGCUACAAGGCCGUGACAACCAGGCAUGCUGAAGCGGAAGCAGCAGUCUAUCCCGCUCAGAAGUCAAGCCUCAAGUACCGUGCCCCAAGCUUAGUUGGGCUCUGUAGCUGCGGCCUUGGUAUUCGAGCCGGCUGCAGGUCGAUUGCGUCUGUGCAUGGCUGGCUGGGCAUGGGCGUGUGUGCCUCGUGCGAGAAGGCGGAUGCGGCUGCCAAGCAGACCGUCGGCGCGGCCAAUGCUCAGCCAGUCCUUAACGAGGCUGCUGUCCUGAAAUUCCUUAGCCGGGUAAAGCUAUUUCAGCGCUUGCCGAAGGAAGUUCAUACGACAUUGGCCUCCGCUUGUGUUCCGGCAGAGUACAAGCCCAAGGCGCGAAUCAUUUGCCAGGGCGAUGACGGCGACGAGUUCUUCAUAAUUCAAGCUGGCGAGGCAGACGUGGAAGUCAAUGGCAAGAAGGUUGCCACGCUGAAGGCAAAUGAUUACUUCGGCGAGAAUGCCCUCUUAAGAAAUGAGCCGCGGACAGCUACCAUCACUGCCAAGACAGAUUUGAAGGCGUUGAAAAUUGGGCGUGAUCGCUUCGAUCUUCUGGGCCUGAGGGAGAAGCUGGAAUUCCCCCAGCGGAAGGCUGUCGGUGGUGGAGGGAAGCAGGAGCUGGUGACGAAGCCACCCAGCCCGAAGACAGAUGCAGAGAAACAGCUGAUGAUUGAGGCACUAAAGCAGAAUGACAACCUGAUGAGUGUUGUAUCGCUAAGCGAUGCCAACCUCUCUCAGAUGGUUGCGGUUGCCUGGAAGGAGGAGGUCACGGCUGGCACCAAGUUGAUCACCGAAGGUGAUUUAAACGCGGACUACUUCUACGUUGUGCAGGAAGGGAAGUUCGACGUCGUCAUAGGAGGGUCGAAGACCGCAGAGGAGGGCGGACCGCAGGUGGUUGCAUCCAUUCCAAAAGGCGGAAGCUUUGGGGAAUUGGCACUGCUCUACUUUGCCCCACGUGCAGCAACCAUCCAGGCAGCAGAAGAUGCCAUGGUGUGGGUUAUCGACCGCAAGAACUUCAAGGAGAUUCUGGCGCAAUCCUCCAAUGCUACGGCCAAGGAGUACAUAAAGUAUUUGGACAAGGUAGAGAUUUUGGCGCCCCUACAGGACGACGAGAAAGCGGCCGUUGCGCAAAGCUUAUCUGAAAUGUCGUUCAGUCGCGGAGAAGUGAUCUUCCAACAGGGAGAGAAAGGUGACGCCUUCUACAUCCUCAUUGAGGGACAGGUCAGCGUUGUGAAGGACGGAAGAGAGGUCACAAAGCUAAUUGCGACACCGGAGAAAGCUUCGUUUUUCGGAGACAGGGCUCUGCUGAGCAACGAGCCGCGGAAUGCAACGUUGCAGGUGAUCUCCGACACAGCCAAGACGCUGACGGUGGACCGGCAGUCUUUUGACAUGGUCCUUGGACCACUUGCCGAACUGCAGACGAGGGGCCGAGGUGGAAAGAGCAAGCUGGCUGGCCGCAGUGUUGCCGGCAGCGCUGCCGCAAUGGGCAAUGCAACCCGAAAGUUUGGAUUGAUCUUGCGGAAGGAUCUGAAGAGAAUUGGAUUGCUUGGAUGUGGUGGCUUUGGUGCUGUGGAGUUGGUGGAGCACGCUGCACUGGGCGAUACCUAUGCCCUGAAGGCUCUCAGUAAAGGCUAUGUCAUGAAGUCGGGCAUGCAGCAAAACGUCUUGAACGAGAAGAAUGUGCAGAUCAUGUGCGAUUCGCCGUUCAUCAUCAAGCUGUACGAGACGUACAACGGCACCCAAUCACUCUACUUUCUCUUGGAGCCCGCACUGGGAGGCGAACUUUAUGCAACCUACAACAAGAAAGGUCUGUUUGGCAAAGAGGGGCACGCCAAAUUUUACGUGGCCGGUGUGGUCAAUGCCUUCGAGCAUCUCCACGGCAAAAAGAUCAUCUUCCGUGAUCUGAAACCGGAAAAUCUUUUGCUUACGGAGCUUGGCCAUAUCAAGUUAACGGACAUGGGCCUUGCAAAGGUUGUGGUCGGAAAGACCUACACCACUUGUGGGACGCCCGACUACUUCGCGCCGGAAAUGAUCGCAUCAGCUGGUCACACAAUGGCCGUUGACUGGUGCCGCGUCUGUGUCUUGAGCUUCGAGCUGAUGGCAGGCCAUCCGCCAUUCGAGUCACCGCACCCCAUGCAGAUCUACCAGAAGGUAAACAAGGGCAUCACCAAGGUGAACUUCCCCAACAAGAUGAAGGGUGUAGUUGAGGAUCUCGUCAAGAAUCUCUGCAAGAAGGAGCCUGCUGAGAGACUUCCUAUGAGGAAGGGCGGAGCUGGUAACAUCCGGAAGCACUCCUGGUUCAGCACCUUCGAGUGGGAGAAGUACGACAAUGGCAAUAUGCCUUCACCAUACAGGCCCCAGGUGCAGAGCAAGAAGGAUAUGGCAAACUUUGCUGCGCGGAAGGAGGACAUGCCGCCCAACGUGCAAUACAAGGACGAUGGCUCUGGAUGGGAUGCAGACUUCGCCACCUGCACCAGUCGGCUGCAGACUUUGCAGAGCGAGUUCCGAGAGCAUGCUGGCCAGGGCCAACACCUCGACGAGAAAGCAGCCCAGCUGGAGAAGGAGUCACAAGACCUCCAAGAUAAGCUUCAAAAGGCGCAGAGCAAGAAAGAGGAUCUCGUGGGAACCCUGGCAAAAAAAGAGCAGGAACAUGAAGAACUUCUUGUCCGAAAGGCGGACCUCAAUGCUGAGCUCGAGGAGCUGAAGAAGAAGUUCCGAUGCAUCGUCUCUUGA